CAAAUGAGCGCGUUUAUACAUUUGAAAACAGUGUUGGGGGGCGUGUGCGGUUUGGAGCGACCAACAAGAGAUGAGGGGAGGGAUAAUCAACAGAGCCCAUCUUCCUCCUCCUGACCUCUGGGAAACGAUGGACGUGCCGCUUCAUUCUAAAUUUAGACACUCAUUCGUGUCGGUGCACUAUGCUCUCCAAAUUGUUGUUCUCGUUUCUGUCAAUAGUUCAGGCCUAGUUCGGUCGAAACGAGGUGAGAGACCCUCGCGGGUCUCCGUUGACACAUGAACGGCAGCUCGGUCUGACGAACGCGCACCAUCGCAGUAACGGCACCUUUCAUGUUUUACGAGGCUCAGAAACAGACGUAAUGGCGCAGGGGAAUAAUGGUAAUUUCCUUACUAUCCCCUCACAAGAGGAUCUUUUCAAGACGGUGAAGGUCGAGCGGUCCGAAGACAACAGUAACGAUGAAGAAGAGGAAGAAACAGAGGAAGACGUCCGGCUAAUACCGAGGUCUUCCCCUGUUCCCAGAAAGCGAGGCUCCUCGAUCGCCGAUGAAACCGCCGAGUACAUGCGAAUUCGCCUGGCGUUGCCGGACAGAAGAGUGUCGUUCGUAGACAGCACGGGAGCCGAGCUGUUUGAUGUCAGAACGUUUGCUCCGUUUGAUUCAGAUGAGGAGGACGAUGCGAGAUGGGAGGAAGAGGAAGCGUGGUACCGAAAAGCCUACCGCGAGCCCACUUACAGAGUUUGGCCAGAGUUCCAGGUGCUCGCCGAAACGGAGCUCUCGCAAGCUGUCCACACCAACAAGCUGGAAGUGGAGAGCGUGACAUCUGUGCCUGAUGAGCCUUUGGCCUUCGUGGUGAUUAUUCGUGUGCUCAACAUUUCUUUUCACAAAUCAGUCUAUGUCCGUUCCACGAUGGACGGUUGGAUCAAUCACUAUGAUUACCCAGGCGAGUAUGUCCAGGGCUCCAACGACAUAGAAACGGACAAGUUCUCCGUGAAGCUGUCUUUCGCAUCACCGUACCUGUUCAGUGGAGCGCGUAUUGAUUUUGUAGUACGUUAUGAGACGUCCGAUGGAGAGUUUUGGGCGAACAACUCUGGCAGGAAUUAUUCGGUAACUCUCCUACAGUCAUAUGAAGACGAAACAGCCCAGACCACCACAGAGGAGAAAACUGAGUUGAAAGGAAUCCUGAAACCUCCCAGGUACCGAGCCGAGAUUGGUUACAAUGACUCUGAUGACGGAAGAGAUGCAGAUCUGAGCAGCACUGAGUGUGAAGAAGCAGAUAAUCAAGCCUCUUUUGCACAGCCGCCUAUUGUCCAGCCAGAUAUCGACAUCGAGACUGCCAAAAAUUUGUCCAGUUCUCCAGAGUCCACCCGGAUUUUCUCCAAGACUGGAUGUUCUCUAUUGCCUUCAGAUACUCCCUUCGGAGAACAACUUCCACUAGAGUCAAUGUCAUCCAGUAAUUCACCACAAACAGAAGAGUCUGGACUUCAGCCAUUAAUUCUAUUCAUCCCCCAAUCACAAUCAACCCAGCGGUCCUCUGAGGCACUAGAUCAAGUCUAUAAUGUUGUCCCAUCCAUGUCCUUUUCACUUCCUGCAGUUCUCAUCCAGUGCUAUGAUGAUCCAGAAACAACCAAUGAUGAAUUUAAGGAUUCCAAUCAACCAAACCAAUCCCUUCAUCCACAGACGGAUGAUUUCCAGCAUGAGAUCUUUGUGCAAGUGCCUUUCGAGUUUGGCCAACCAUCACUAGCUGGGAUUCCAGAUACGCCACAUAUCCAGGAAGAAGGUAUGAAGGAUGUUAAGGAAAAGGAAGAUAUUGAGGAAACUGAGGGUACAUUGGAAGACAUGAUAGAAGAAUCAAGUCAUAAUAUAGAAGAAGAUAAAACAGGAACUAACUUCCACAUGUUGGAAGAAGCCGAGCAGCCUCCUUCGCCAACUGAAGGCAUGGCGAAGCUAAGUCUGUCAAAAUUACAGCACACUCUGAAGGAAGGAAUUCAAGAACAGAAAGUAGAGCUUGUCUCUAUAUUCCGAGUCGAGACCACCAAGGCGGUUGAGGUGGAAAGCACCAAGACGGAUGACGAGGAAACAGAUGUUUUAGUGGCUUCCUGUUUGUCUCCCUCUCAUUUAGGUCCCACAAGACGGAACAGAGAAACCCAAAGUGUACUCAUCCAAAAAAUGUCUGAUAAACUAGCAAUCGUGCAACCUCAGCAAGAAGAAGUAUUUAUUUUGGAUCCAUGUGUUAUCGACGCGGCCCUCCAUGAGGAUUCAAAACUUGACGACCAAACAAUUUCCAUGUGUACUUCAGAACAUCCAACAAGCAAACAAGAAAAGCCAAAACUGGUCAGCGUUUCUGAAACAUCACCAACAGACUAUGAUCUUCUACCUUCAACUGUUCACUCUUCAGCAGAAGAUGAUUUAACUUGUCGGGGUGAUGAACCUUCCACUGCUCCACAUGAUCAGACAUGUAAAAACUCUGAAACCCAGCACGCACUGCCAAGAACCGGUUCUGAACUAUCUCAAAUAUCAAAGGAUCAGACUGAGGUUACUUUGGACACGUGUCUUAUGGCCUCUGUGACCUUCUUCAGUGCUGUUAUCUGCCUGGCUGUUGGGAUUCGAGAGCCUAGUGUUUUUCUGUAUGUGGGAUUAUUCCUGCUAUCCUUCUGGUUCUAAUUUCUGUGCCAGUUUUCUUUCCCCUUCCAUCCGCUUCUCUCAAAAAGCCUUAAGUCUUUACCUUCUUCCUUUCUCCCCAGUGCCUUGAGAAAUUCCAAAGAGAAAAGAAAGAAAAAAGAACCAUUAUUAUGCUGUUAUAUUUGUGUUUAUGUGGUUGUAAGUAGAGUGAGAGUUGGUUAAUUUCUGCUUGAUGUAUUGAGUAUCAUUCAGACUUAAUAGUAUACAAUCUGCAGUGGUUAAUAUACAAUCGGAAAUAAUAGAUUGAGCAAGCAGUGUGUAUUUUAGCUGAAUUACGUCAUACAUGAUUGGUCAUUGGAAAUGUGGCUCAGCUCAUUGAUUCAUACACUAAAUGUGUCUUUUUUGUUAGUUUCUCUACAUAUAAUAGCUACUGGCCCCCUAAAGACUGCAUUUGGUCAUUUUUUAUACAAACUUGGAGUCAUUUGUGAGUGGGAUGGCUUGAUGGUGAGUAGUUUUGUGUGAUAAGAAAUGAGGCAAGACUGGACAAAUGGUGCAGGGUAUUUUAGAUAAGAAUUAUAGGAAAGUUUGAGUUUUAAGUGUAGUUAUAUCAGAGGUAUUGCUUAUUCCACAAUGUGUUCUCAGUGAGGAAUUGAAUUUGUAGAUGUCUGUAAAUCUAAACAGAGCAUCUCGUUAUGGAGUAUUUUGAGAUACUAAGAUACUAAGUUUGUAUAUGUAUUCACCUAUUGACACUGUGAAAUUGUGUUUGAUGAUAUAUGUGAUCAUUUUGUAACCUAGAUUACACACUAUAUAUAAGUAAAUGUUAAGCUUUAAGAGUAUGCAACAAUUUUGCACCCAUCUGCUUCCUAAAGGGUUAAAAAGCAUUUCCUUUUGCAGUGCUCUUUAGAAGCGUGCCCUAAGCCUCUGAUGUCACCCCAAAAGGUCACGCAUUGCAUUGAAGUCACUGCAUCAGGUUACCGGGUGACUAAACACCAUUGUAAGUAGAGAAGUUAGAGCUUUUCCUUGAAAAAAAUCUUACACACUUGGUUCCAUUCAUCCAAAAACUUUAGCCUUUGGGAUCUCACUAAAUUAAUGUGCAAAAAAGGUUGUGAACACAUUCUGUUCUCAAUAACAUAUAUGUUCACAUGUAUUUUGUCAAUGUAGAAAUAAAAGUCUAUAUAACUGAUGAAACUGA